CGGAAAUGACGGGUUCAAACUCAGUAGCUACUGCUGUAGGUGUUGGAAGUCCAGUUUCGUGUUUUCCACCAUAUUACUCCUGACCGCAGUUCAAUACUUAUGUCUAAAUAUGAGUUCUUCGGUUCAAUUUUAUUAAUAUUUUCACCGCUGGCCUUUUUGUCCUGCUAGCAGGUAAGCUAAUGUUAGCUUAGCAUGCUAGGUAUACCAGAACAACAGGGUUGGCCGGUGUCAGAGCAACGCUUUGAUGGACAUCAGGCAGUGUUUAUGAUGGGAUUUCAGUUCCUCUGAUUGUGUGAAGAUGUCUGAUUUCCACAGGAUGAUGGUAACAGACAAUGAGCGAUCAGAACCAGCAGAGGAAGGACCACCCGGAAGUAAAUCUGGAGAAUUUCCCCCACUCUAUGCCAUCCAGCAGAUCAAACAGGAGCUUCUUGCUGAGGAGCAGAACUGGAGCCUCAGAAUGGACCAGGGGAACCAAAAGGCCCCACACAUUAAAGAGGAACAGGAGGAGGCUGAGAUUACAGAGUUCAUAUUCACUUCGGUACCUGUGAAGAACGAAGAUAAUGAAGAGAAACCUCAGCACUCAGAGCUUCAUCAGUCCAAGACCGAAGAGGACAGAGCCUCUGUUGGACCACAACCAGACAUAGAUCAGUGUUUAGAAUCAGAUGACGAAGACAACACUUUGGAUUCCUCAGAGACAGACAUCAGUGAUGGAAACUGGGAGGAAAGCAGUGACUUGUCGGAUGGUAACUCUGUUAAAAGUAAUGAAGAUACUGUAGACGAUAAAGGAGACGAUGACAUACACACCUGCACAGAAUGUGGUGAAAAGUUCAGCCUCAGGGUUUAUUUAUUACGACACCAGAGAAUCCAUACUGGAGAAAAACCUUUCAGCUGCUCCAUUUGUCAAGAGGCUUUUAUAUGGAAACACGCCUUAAUGAAACAUGUAAGAACUCACAGCCAAGACAAACCUUUCAGCUGCUCCGUCUGUGGCCAGAACUUCAGAAAAAAAGGAUGGUUAACUCAGCACAUGAGGAGUCACACUGGAAGAAAACCUUACAGCUGUUCCAUCUGUAGCUGUGCUUUUCUCUGGAAGCGUGAAUUAGCUGAGCACACAAGAACCCACAGUGGAGAAAAACCUUUCAACUGCUCCAUCUGCAAGGCACCUUUUUCAAGUGAAAGAACGCUGGUGGAGCACUCAAAAAUCCACAGCGGAGUAAAACCCCACAGCUGCCCUUAUUGUUUGACGGCUUUUAGAAGAAAAGACAGUUUGAAGCGACACAUAAGAACCCAUAGCGGAGAGAAACCUUUCAGCUGCUCAGUCUGCGCCCGAAACUUCAGCGUCAAGGAAAGCCUUAAUCGGCACAUGAGACGUCACACAGGGGAAAAACCGUACACGUGCUCCAUCUGCAAGGCCCGCUUUCAGUUAAAACAAACUUUAGUGGAGCACAUAAGAAUCCACACGGGGGAGAAACCGUUCAGCUGCUCCGUUUGUCAGGCAGCCUUUAGAAGAAAACAGGAUUUUGUGAACCACACGAAAACCCACAGCAAGGAGAGAGUUAUCUGCGAAAUAUGUGGCCAAAGCUUCACCAAGGCUGCUCGCUUGACUCAACACAUGAGAUUUCACGAUGGCGAGAGGCCCUUCGGCUGCUCCGUCUGCACGGUGGCUUUUAUCAGGAAGAGCGCCUUAAUGCAGCACAUGAGAACCCACACAGAGGAACGACCUUUCAGCUGCUCUGUGUGCAAGGCCACCUUUAAAAGGAAAGACGGCUUGAAGCUGCACAUGAGAAUCCACACCGGAGAAAAACCGUACUGCUGCGAGGGCUGUAGCAAGAAGUUUACUCAGCUGUCAUGGGCCAAAGCCCAUCAGAAGCGUUGUUUAAGUUCACGCAAGGAGACUAGCUGAUGUUGAUGUAGAAGCCACAGAUUAGACGUGUUUCAUCAAAGUUAUUAAUCAUGUUUCCUGCAGAAAGCCUCUGACUGCUCUGUAGAGAUUGGAUGUAUAAUGGAUGAACAGAGGUCAGCGGGACGGGAACUGGUGCUGAUGUUCAUGGAGAACACCCUGAACAUGACCAAGGAGAUGAUGGUCAAGUUCAAGAGGAAAAUCCCAAAGUGGUGCUUGUUGAGACUUUCCAGCGGGGUUCGUACAUGGUCUGGAAUUUAUUAGAUUAUUUUCCAAGUCAGGACAUAAAAUGGGAAAGUAAAAAAACAACCAUAUUCCAUUAUUUAAAACCAUUGAAACUCUGAAUUUCUGAGAAAAUUUAGUCCUUUUGCAUUAAUGUAUGUUAUAUUUUUGUCCAGCUCAUUGAGUUUUGGGGUUUUUUGUGUGACUAACACAGAAAAACAUGUUCAAACUAAAAUCCAUAAGGGUUUUUAUGGCCUCUGGAUCCUAGACCCAAGGUUCUUAAGCUCUGUUUGGUUUAGAUGCCAAACAAAGCAUUGAAAUUUCUCUUAUUUGGAAUUCUGUGAAUUAAAAAUAUUACUGAUCACAAGCUGUGAUUUAAAGGAUGUAUAUUUAAUUAAAGAAUAAUACCGUCCAGUUUUUUCUCAGGUUUAUAAUAUUGUCCGGAUGCCAAAAAAAUAGUGAACUAAGCCUUUACCUCACUGUCAAAGUGGUGAAAAAACAGCUCAUAAAUCACAGUUAGGUGAAUUAUUUCUACUCAGAUGUCUGGAAAGGUCGGUAGUUUGAAGAUAAAUCAUAGACGCCCGGUACCAAAAUCUGGAGGACCAACAGUGUCGACACCAUCUUGGGUUAUGAUAAAUCAUGUCUACCAUAUGAAGUCUCCUCUCACAUGUACUUCACAGUAAAUAUAUAAACAAUGUUCAUGGACCUCCCUUCACUUCUACUCAAAUACUAAAAAAGAAAACUGAUGCAUUUCUGAUCACUUUUCGUUAAGCAGUGUUACCUUUAUGUUUCUGAAAGAGAGUAAAAGAAAAACUUAAUUGUGUUUUUUGUAUUUUGUCAUGUUGCAACCAAAAAUUUUAAUGUAUCCUGUGAUUUUAUGUGAUAGACCGACACAGAGAAGACCAUAAGUGGAAGGAAAAUAAGGCACCGUUUGCUGCAAAUACUGCUGCAAGUCUUUUGAGGUGUGUCUCCACCAGCAUUGCACAUCGAGAGACUGACAUUUUUUCACACUCUUCUUUGCAAAAUAGUUUAGAUUUAGUAAUAUCAGAUGGAGAAAACCUAUGAACAACAGGAUUGCCACAGAUUGAGUGGAAGUUUGGACUGGGCCAUUAUAACACAUGAAUAUGCUUUCAUCUAAACUACCUAAUUGUAGCCCAGGCUGCAUGUUUAGGGUUGUUUUCCUGCUGGAAGCUGAACCUUCACCCCAGUGUUCUGCAGACAAUCCUUUUCUUCCAGAAUUCUCCUGUAUGUAGCUCCAUAUGUCUUCCCACCAACCCUGAACUGUCCCCACAGCAUGAUGCUACCACAACUGUGUUUCACCAUGGUGAUGGUGUGUUCAUAGUGUUAGUUUUCUGCCACACAUACGGUUUUGCAUCUUGGCCAAAACGUUUGUCUUUAGUCUCAUCUGACCAGACCACCUUCUUCCACAUGUGCGGGUUUGCAGUUGGUGGAUUGAACAGAGCUUCAUGAGAUGAUCGAACGUUAGAGAUACUGCUUUAUAACCCUAACCCCCUUAAAAUGUAUCCACAGCUACAAAUAUAACCUAACUCUUCUUUAAACUUCUCUAUAGCUUUCUCUCUGACUUGUCUGCUGUGUUCCUCGGUCUUCAGUAGACUGUUUGUUCACUAAAGUCCCCUAACAAACCUCUGAGGCCUUCAGAGAACAGCUGGAUUUAUGAUGAGAUUAAAUGACACGCUGGUCCAUGCGGUUUACUAUGUUAGGUGACUUCUGAGGACAGCUAGGGUAAAAGGAAAAAGGGGCUUGAUACAAAUGCAUGGGACACUUUUCAGAUUAGUAUAUUUAUCUUUCCACUUCACAUAUAUGCACUGUUUCGUCGUUGGUCUGUGACAUAAAAUCUCUAACAUUCACAGAUGUUUGUGGUUAUGUGAAGGAGGUGUUGCUACCUUCGCAAGGUAGUGUCCCUUUACCCCGUGGGUCAUCUUUGAAUGAUGAGAAGUCACAUAUGAUCUGACUAAAGAUUGUAAUUUUAAAUAAUUUAUUUUACAUUUUUUCAAUUUAUCCUAAAAUUGUGUUGUAUGAGUGUUUUGUGCUGUUAUUUAUAGUCUUAAGUCAUUGUUUUUAAUACUUUAAACUAUUUUAAUAUUUUCUUAAUAAAUGAUUGUAUGCUGUUC